AUGGUGCGGGCGCCACCACUUCCAGAAGUUACUCUGAGUACGACUGGGUCGGUGGAAGGCCGUGUUAACUUAAUCGUGGCAAAUUCCGGAACACCCAAGCCCCGUACUUCAGGAGUGGUUCCUCAACCAUCUAGCCCGUCUGCUACAUCCAGCCUUUCUGAUAUGUCAAAUGGGCAGACAACCGUAGCUUUGGGCAUGGCUUCUGGGAACGGAGAUCGAAUAGUCAUCAUCGUAGUUGCCUGCUUCCUUGGAGCCGUACUGAUCUUUGCAGUCAGCAUCACAAUUCACUGCUACUUCUGGAGGAAAAGAAAGCGAGCCAACCAGCGUCAUCUGACGGACAACACCAAUGGCCUUCACGUGUCUAACACCGGGUAUGACUUCCUGACAGGAAUCGCCGGGGUGAACAAUGGCAAUGGAUCCAACAAGAGCAGUGCAACAGAGACUACCACUUUGUCCACUAUCAGCAAGAGCGUUGGGGGACCUUCCUAUCAGAUGGAGGUAGUCUCAGAGAAGCGCAAGGGUAGUGGUACCUUCGUGAAACGAGGUGAGGGGUGUCAGGUACCAAAAGGAAAACGGCGCAGUAUUGGCAUGGUGCAUUUCAGGCGAAGCAGAAGCAGCAAGGAAAAGAGCUUUGAGUAUUCUGAGAUUCCGGAUAGCACGUCACCUACGGACAAGAACGUAUAUCAGUUCCUUACGACUCCGAGGAAAGAGGCGAACGGGAAAACCCCAAAGCUCGGUGAGAUCGGUCGCUCGGCGAAGAUCAGUGACGCCGAUCGAACGGCGAGGGUUAGGAGAAGCAACUCGUUACCGUCCAGGAAUAGUGUUGAAAGUACAUCAAGCAAUAGGGUGGAAGGGCCUUACCAUAUUACGGAUCUCAUCGGUAAUAUCACUAUUGACAAUGCCAUCUUCCCGUCUAUGGAAACGGUCGCAUAUGAUGAUCGUUCAUUGGAUCGAAAGGAAAGUGUCAAAUAUGAUCUACCCCAACUAGUCCAAUCAAGACAAACCCUACCGGCAUCGUCUAAUCUUGAAUAUAAAGCGCUCGAACCUAGAAAAAGAUCCAAUAGUUAUGACGUACUGCAAAUAAGUACACCAACUCUGAUCUCUCUCAGUGACGAAUCCGUAGGUGACAAUACGCAUCUGUAUAAAGAACUCGAAAGACAGGACGACGACGACGAUUACGAUUUCCUAGAUCCAACCACAGUCACAGGGAAGACACCACGUGAUUCGACAGAUUUCGAGAACCCUCCACAACCACCACCUGUCUCGGCAAAACCGAUUUCGCCAUUCAUGCCGAGGCCCAUGGCACAUGGGUCUAACACACAGUCUCCACUCCUUGCCGUAGUCAUGUCAGAAGAGGGGUCAAAGACUUUGGAAAGCGCCGUAGUCGUCCGCGACCCCAAGUACUACACGCUCUCCCCAAAUCUGGUGCGCGAUGCAAGCUACGAUUAUCCCGACAUGGUGGUGGGUGAUGACGAUGACAGUCCUGGAGACAAAGCUAGUGAUGUGGACUCGAACAUAUACGAGAGCUUUGAGCGCCCAGUAACGCCAAAUGAUAAACGCAAGCGAUCAACGCCGAAUUCUCGGCAAAGUUCAAAAGAAACUAGCAUUGACGUUAUUAUUCCCUGCCUUGAUACUACAGCGAAGAAGGACAAAAAUACAUUCAUCAAACAACAACAGCUCGCGAAAUUUCUAGACGAUGACUAUGAGAACGUUGCAUAAACUUUGCACAAAUUUUGUAUGUUCUUCACACGAUAAUGUUAUUGUCAUAUCUUUUUAAAAUAUGUUAUUGAAUACAAGCGACAUAUCUCCUAAACAAAUAAUAUGGUUUAAUAUAAUUCAAAUGCCUUUGCUAUUCAUAUCCAAUAGCUUUUUUCUUCAUAAUAAAGAAUUUAAUAUUGAUGUGGAAACACAAAUUGUGAACUACUUAUAUUAUGAGGAGACAUGUUCAAGUGUUCGUUGUUGUAUGAACAUUGUUUUCUAUUUCAGUUUAUUAGGAGCUGUUUGUUUUGUAUAUUAUAUAUAUCAUUUCUACUUUUGUAAAAUUGGAAACGAGUGUGUUUUUAGAAGUUAUAUUUGAUAACGUUCAUGCACCUGCUGUACACCUCAAUAUGUAUCCUACAAAUUGUCUCAAACAAAGUUUGACAGUACUAAGUACUUCUGUUUGAUACAUUUAUUUUAAGAGGAAGAAAAUCAUAACUGUACAUAUUUGUCUAUUUAUAUAAUUAGUGCUUGUCGAGUAACAGCUCUAAUAGCUGCUUAGUUACGGAGAAAUAAAAACAAUACA